GACCAAGAAGUAAUUCUACAAUUUCCUCUCCUUUAUGAAUAUCAAAAAGAUUUUUAGUUUGUAUCUUUUAACUUUAUAAAAUCUUUUCUUUUAAUAAGUCAUCUUGUCAACAACCAAGAUUUGAGUGGCACCACAACCACACUCUAUGGAUAACCCAACAUUCUUCCUCUUGCUACCAUUAUUCCUUUUAACUUUCAUCUAUGUAUUCACCAUCUCCAGCCGCCGUAACCACCGUCGUCUUCCACCCGGACCGUACCCGUUUCCGAUAAUCGGAAACCUCUUAGAACUUAGCAACAAACCCCACCGUUCUCUUGCCGCACUCUCUAAACGUUAUGGUCCUUUGAUGUCCCUUAAGCUCGGAAGUAGUAGAACAACAAUAGUCGUUUCGUCACCCGACAUUGCCCAACAAUUCUUUCAUAAACAUGAUCAAUUGUUCUCUAGCCGAUCGGUCCCCGAAACGGCCCGAAUUAUGGACCAUCAUAAAUACUCCCUGGUUUGGCUACCGGCUGGAGAUCAGUGGAGAAGGUUACGAAGAAUUACUAAAGAAUGCUUGUUCUCUGGCCAAAGUUUAGAUGGUAGCCAACAACUACGCAUGCAAAAGGUACAAGAACUUGUUAACUAUGUUAGUAAAUGUUGUCAAGAAGAAAAAGCUGUGAACAUAGGUGAAGUUGCAUUUACCACAAGUCUCAACAUUUUAUCAAACUUGUUGUUCUCUACGGAUUUCUCUCAAUACGAUUCUAUGUCAUCACAAGAAAUCAAGGACGUAAUAUGGGGCGUGAUGGAAGUUGGUGGAAAGCCGAAUCUUGUAGACUUUUUCCCGAUACUAAGGCCCCUCGAUCCACAAGGCUUGACAUCACAAUGCAGUGUUUAUGCUAACAAGUUAUUUGCAAUUUUUGAUAGCAUCAUUGAUCAGAGAUUGCAAGCAAGAAGGAUUUCUUCGUCGUCGUAUGACAAUCAUUCUUCCACACAAAAUGACGUUUUGGACUUGUUGCUUAAUAUCAGCUUCAAAGAUGAGUCCGAGUUUAGUAUAAAUGAUAUGAAGCAUUUGUUCUCGGAUUUGUUCGUAGCGGGAACUGAUACGGUAUCAACCACAUUGGAAUGGGCGAUGACUGAGCUCAUUCGUAACCCAAAGGAAAUGGAGAUAGCUCGGUUAGAGCUUAUUAAAUGCAUGCAAAGUAAUGACAAAAUUUUACAGGAACGUGAUAUCCCUCAACUCCCUUACCUACAUGCGGUUAUUAAAGAAACUCUAAGACUACAUCCUCCGGCCCCUUUUCUUAUCCCUCACGAAGCCACACAUGAUGUAGAAGUCGAAGGCUUCAUAGUCCCUAAAGAUGCACAAAUACUUUGUAAUGUUUGGGCCAUUGGGCGAGACACAAACGUCUGGUCCAACACAAACGAGUUCAUGCCAGAGAGGUUUUUGGACGUUGAAAUUGACUAUAGAGGCCAAGAUUUCAACCUCAUACCGUUUGGUGCGGGGAGGAGGAUGUGUCCGGGGUUGAAUAUUGCUCAUAGAAUGUUACACACGAUAUUGGGUUCUUUGAUAUACAACUUUGAUUGGAAGCUUGAAGGAAACAUGAAAGCACAAGACUUGGAUAUGGAAGAGAAGUUUGGGCUCACAUUGCCAAGAAAUGUGCCACUCAUGGCUAUUCCAGUUAAGUGUGACCGUCUUUAAAAUCGAUGUACUUGCUUUUCUUGUCACUGAUGUAGCCUGAAUGACUCAUGGAUCAUGUUCAUUUGUUCUCAAUAAAAGUUAGAAACUAACUGUUUCUGACUAUUGAAGUCUUGCAAUGCCA